AAAUGGCAUGGGUCAUUAUGAUUAUUAUGAGUAAUGAAAUUGUUAUUAGUCUAAGGGUGUGGCUUGUUAAUUAACAUUUUUCACAAAGCAAUGUCUAAAGGUAUUUAUCAACUGGGAGGGAUAACAGGACACUCAGCUCCUGUAGUAGGAGAAUCAGUGUUCCUGUGGGGAGGGGAAAGGCCUGACUUACAUAUAGUGUUCAUGAUUCCCCACAAAAGAGGAAAUUAUUGUCCACCAUUGAUAGGCUGGAGUUUAGGACUGGUCGUUGGUCUUCUCACGUGACCAGAGGAAUGUCACCUCCUCUAGGAGCUAUGGGAUACUUCUGUGCUACCAGAAACAAUGAUAUCUUCUUUUUUGGUGGCUACUGUGGACAUGAAAUCUGCUUUCAUAAUGAUGUCAACUCAUUUAACAGUCUAAAAUAUGAAUGGAGUAAUAUAAUACCAACCAGUGAUGCUGUAAUGAAGAGAUCUAAUGGUGGUAUGGUGUGUAUGGAGUCUAUGGGUACAGAAUACCUAAUUAUGACUGGAGGGAUUGGUUCUAUACCCACUACAUACCAAUCACAGUAUCAGUAUAUUCAGAUGGUUAAUGGUCGUAUUCUUACUAAUGAACAGAAUUUAUUAAAUUUAUCAACAAGACAAUGGAUUAUUCCAACUAUUAGUGGUCAGUGUUGUUUUCCUACUGCUGAAUUUGCUAUUCAAAAGAUUACUAAUGAUAAAGCUGUCAUGUUUGGUGGAGCAGUGCCUAGUGAUGAUGGUAGAAGCUUACUUGUUAAUACAGUCUAUACAUGUCAACUGGAGUCUGAUACUACAAUACACUGGGAGAGUGUUAAGGGACCAGUAGUACCUGCUAGUGUACAGUGGCCUGUAGAGAGACGGAAACAUGCUAUUACUAGUAUCAUCGGUGACUCACCUACACUAGUAAUGAUAGGCGGAGAGGGUAAUGAUGGACUAGUAAAUGAUAGUUGGUUACUGAAUACUAGUCAGUACCAGUGGAGUAAGAUUGUUCUACCUGAAUCUGUUACUGGUAGAGUGGAUCACUCCUUAUCAUCAAUAAUGAUGAGUCCAGACUGUAUAUGGUUGGUGGUAGUGGGUGGGACUGGAGCAACUGAAUGGAAAGAUGUAGGAAGAGGAUACAAGCAACCAUUUUCUAAACGUAUCACUGAUCCUUAUAUCACAAUGUUAAUAGAACUAGUUUUAAGAGAAGGUGAAUGGAGAGUAAGUGAAGUACUAGAUUCUACUGGUCUGACUACUGAGGCUUAUCAACACAAGUAUCAGUUAUUAUUAAAGAACAGACAAUGGUGGCAAGAUCAGUUUAUAGUAUACCCUACAGACAGAGAAAUAAAGCUACAAAAUUAUGUGGAAUCGUUGCAGCAGGAGUUAAGAGUAUCUGAGGGAAACAAGUCCUCACUGCAGGAAGCACUCCUUGAGGCUAGUCAGCAAGAGAAGACGAGUAGAACCAGUGAAAGAAACUAAACUAUCUUCAACUAAAGAGGAACUGUCUACUGGACCAACUGAUUUUUAUAAAGAUAAUGAUGAUCUUAAAGGAGAGGAGAAGGAGGAGGAGCAGACAACAGAAACUAAACAAACAACCAGUCAAGAAGAGAUUGAGAAACUUAAAGCUAACUUUAUUGAGAGUGAAACUUAUAUAGCCACACUGACAGAGGAGAAAACCUUAACUAAUGAAGACAAUGAGAAGCUUAAAGCUAAAGCUGUUGAUGAUGAUAUGGUAAUUGCUAAACUGACAAAAGAGAAAUUACAGCUAAAGGAAGAGUUGCAGUCAUUGAAAGACACCACAACUGCUG